UAUCUAUGUAACUUCUCCAAAUGGUUCUCUCAGCUCCCACUUAGAAAGCCCCACGUGCCAUUCACGUGUUGAGUCUCAACCACCUCAGACAACCAAAAUUUGUAUUAAAGCCACGGGGUCUGACCUGAACAACAUCUUCUCCCAGACUCUCCCCUCAGAUCCUCCUCUUGAAGACCGCUAUCCAAUGGCUCAACCUAUGGAGAUAUCACAAUCCGGUGCAUUUGUGAGAGCUCCUUCUGUUUUUCGGAACUUUAUUUCACGGGACCCAAAUUCGCAGUUUCCGGCAGAACCUGGGAGAUAUCAUCUGUAUAUAUCAUAUCUUUGCCCUUGGGCUUGUAGGUGCCUGGCAUACUUGAAACUCAAAGGACUUGAGAAAGCCAUCAGCUUUACGUCGGUCAAACCAAAAUGCGAAAGAACAAAAGAAAGUGAUGAGCAUGUGGGGUGGGUUUUUCCUGCGUCAGAUACCGAGGUAGCUGGAGCUGAACCUGACCCUUUGAACGGAGCAAAAACUAUUAGGGAACUUUACGAACUUGCAAGCACACAUUAUACCGGAAAGUACACAGUUCCAGUUCUAUGGGAUAAAAAACUUAAAACAAUUGUCAACAACGAGAGUUCAGAGAUUAUUCGUAUGUUUAAUACUGAAUUCAACGACAUAGCUGAAAACGCAUCUUUGGACUUGUAUCCUCGUCACUUGCAAUCUCAGAUUGAUCAGACGAACGAAUGGAUAUAUGACAAGAUAAAUAACGGUGUCUAUAAAUGUGGGUUUGCGAGGAAGCAGGAGCCUUAUGACGAGGCUGUGAAAGAAUUGUUCGAAGCUUUGGAUAAAUGCGAGGAGAUACUUAGCAAGCAACGAUACUUGUGUGGGAACACGUUGUCUGAAGCAGAUAUUCGGCUGUUUGUCACUCUUAUCAGAUUCGACGAGGCUUACGCAGUCAACUUCAAGUGCAACAAGAAACUGCUACGAGAAUACCCUAAUUUGUUUAACUACACGAAGGAUAUCUUCCAAGUUCCUGGAGUAAGCAGCACAGUCAACAUAGAUCACAUAAAGCAAGGCUAUUACAGCAUUGUGGCUAUCAAUCCAUUCGGAAUAGUUCCUAUCGGCCCAAAUAUCGACUACUCUUCUCCUCAUGACAGAGACAGGUUUUCUACAUAGUUUGUGUACGCUGCAGCUUGCAGAUCAAACUACAUAUCGUUUGUGUGUUGAGGUUGUGCGUUUUGGUUCCAUUUGUAACUCGUGCUUUUGUAUUUUGAACCUUGCAUCUUAACUUUUGUCAAUAAAAAUUGAGCUUUAUCUA